AGCUUUUUCUGGGGAGGAGCUCACUUCCUGAACAGAUGCACAAAAGCGAAAGUUAGAGGCAAACAAGUGCACAUGGUCAGUGAGAGCAGCGCAGGGACGCUUCAUGUAACAACAAGAAUCUUUUAAUAUCAUUAUCAUAUUUAAAGCAUGAGCCAGUGGAAGCAGAUCCAGCAGCUGGAGAUCAGACUCCUGGAACAUGUGGACUACCUGUAUGAUGAUAACUUCCCCAUGGACAUCCGACAGACUCUGGCCAGCUGGAUCGAGUCCCAGGACUGGGACACGGCAGCCAACGACGAGUCAACGGCAGCGGUGCUGUUCACAAACCUGCUGUCUCAGCUGGAAAAGGCUCGCUCCCAGGAGCAGAACUUCCUGCAGAGACACAAUAUGAAAAUGAUACAGCAGCAGCUACAGGUUAAAUACAUGUCCAACCCUGCCGUGAUGGCCAGAGUCAUCUCCAGCUGCCUGAGGGAGGAGCAGCGGAUCCUUUCCAGCGCCUGCACGCAGGAACAGGGGCCACUGGAGAAAUCUUUGCAGAACUCAGUGGCGUUUGAGAGGCAGAAGAACAUGGACAACAGAGUUGGAGUCAUCAGGGCCAACGUGCAGCUGAUGGACCAAGCUGUGAAAUACAUCGAAGACAUGCAGGACGACUUUGACUUCCGCUACAAAACCCUGCAGUCUCGAGAAUCAACCGAUAGAAACUCUGACACCAUGAAACAAGAAGUAACAAGACUGCAGGAAAUGCUGAACAGGCUUGACUUUAAAAGAAAGGAGAUCGUGACCAAGAUCGAUGUGGUGAUCAAAGAGAUCGACGACCUGAUGACUUCUCAGCUCAACCCUGAGCUGCAGGACUGGAAGCGCAGACAGCAGAUUGCUGCCAUUGGGGGUCCGCUGCUGACUGGCCUGGAUCAGCUGCAGAGCUGGUUUACUCUGACAGCUCAGAGUCUCUUCCAGAUCAAGCGUCAACUGGACAAACUAGGGGAGCUUGUGGUGAAGGUCACCUAUGAGAGCGACCCCAUCCCACUACAGAAACCCCAGAUGGAGGAACGAGUGAAGUAUCUGAUCUAUCACCUGAUCAGGAGCUCCUUUGUGGUGGAGAAGCAGCCGUGUAUGCCCACACAUCCACAGAAACCUCUUAUCAUCAAAACCGGCGUCCAGUUCACCACCAAAGUCAGGCUUCUGGUUAAACUUCCUGAAGUGGAUUAUCAGCUGAAAGUAAAAACAACGUUUGACAAGGACCUCCCUCCUGGCAGAGUAAGUCGUCAGUUUUUCAUCCUGACCAACAACACUAAAGUUAUGGACAUUGAGGACUACUCCAACGGCUGCCUGUCAGUGGAGUUCAGACACCUGCAGCUCAAAGAAAAGAAAUACAUAAAUGGAACAAAAGGCAAUGAGGGUCUGCUCUCUGUGACUGAGGAGCUUCACUCCCUCAGUUUCGAGGCCUGCUUCACCGUGCAGGGCCUCACCAUCGACCUGGAGACGUGUUCUCUGCCCCUUGUGGUCAUUUCCAACGUGAGCCAGCUUCCUGGAGGCUGGGCCUCGGUCAUGUGGUACAACCUUCAGACGGACGAGCCGAGGAACCUGGGGUUCUUUGGAAACCCGCCUCAGGCCAGCUGGAGCCAGCUCUCUGAGGUCCUCAGCUGGCAGUUCUCCACCUUAGCUGGCCGAGGCCUCAACAAGGAGCAGCUCAGCAUGCUGGGAGAGAAGCUUUUUGGUCAGCAUGCAUCCUGCAGUGACUACCAGGUGUCAUGGUCCAAGUUUUCCAAGGAGAACAUUCCAGGGAAAACCUUCAGUUUCUGGAUGUGGCUGGACUCCAUUCUAGAGCUCAUCAAGAAGCACCUGCUGCCAGUCUGGAAUGAGAACUACAUCAUGGGUUUUGUGAGCAAGGAGAUGGAGCGCACGCUGCUGAAGGACAGGGAGCCUGGAACCUUCCUCUUACGCUUCAGCGAGAGCCACCUUGGAGGAAUCACGUUUACCUGGGUGGAGCACAGUGAGAACGGAGACGUGAAGUUCAACUCUGUCGAGCCGUACACUAAGAACCGUCUCAGUGCGCUCCCGUUCGCUGACAUCAUUCGAGACUACAAAGUGAUCUCUGAUGGGGUCGUCCCAGAGAACCCGCUCAAGUUCCUCUACCCAGACAUCCCCAAAGACGAGGCCUUCGGACGGCUGUACAACAGCCAGCCAAGCAAAGUGUAUCCGUACAUCCCGUCCAUCCUGAUCCCCAUCUCAGUCUGCUCCAAUUCAAGCAGCACGCCUCCUUCCUGCCAGUCUCCUGAGCCUCCAAUGACCCCUGGGGAGUUCAACAUGCUCAACGAGCAUCUCUGCUUUGACAUUGACACGAUGAGUUCACCUUAUUCAGAGUAAAGCCAGAUCAGCUGAAUCCUGUCCAACAGGAACCUCGGCAUUUGCCACCAUGAAUGCUUUUGUGGUCAGAGUCUCCAUCUGUUUAUGAUUAUUGUUUUUUUUUAUUUUUCUACAUGAGAAAUGCCUGUUUAUUUUACUGUUUGCUGUAUAACUGUUUUUAUAUGAAACCCAUGUUGUAUAUAAAACAAUUUAAGAAAUGUUAAAUUAGCAAUUUACUGUUUUGAAUGUAUCCUGCAAUUAUUUUCUAUCUAUCUAUUCAUCUUGUCCUUAUUCUUUCUGUAAGUGGUUAAAGUUGCAUAUCACACUAUUCACAAUGCAGACACUGAUUCAUAAAUGUGGUUGGCUCAGUUGCCACCUAUCGCCCAUGUGUGGCAGUGUCAAAGCUUUCAUUUUGAAGACAGGCGGAAAUACAUGGUCUAUAGCUCACAGCUGGCAGCUUGACAACUGAGCCUUCCUGAUUUACAGGGAAUCACGUGAUUCAAUGAUUCAAUGGAAGCAGGCUGGAGGCAACUUCCUUAUUUGUUUUUUGCAGAGAUAAAUCUUAUCCUCAUUUUUUCUGCAAGUUCUUCAAAACAUUGUGAGUUUAAUGAAAUUGGAGUCUGUCAUAUUUUAUAAAUAACUCAAAUAAUAAAAAAUGUUAAGUAGGUUCUUCAUUGUGUGUAAACAACAGGAAGAGUACUACAUGAAGCCCUAGAAAUGAUUCAAUUGUGUAAAGCCUGACCACAAGCAUUUUACCAUGACAGCCCUGCAGAGUGUGGUUUAAUUGAUGCAUAAUGGUUUGUUAUAAAGUCAAUGUUAUAAGGUGUUAUAAAGCUUUUAUGAGUGAAUAUGUUAGUCAUAUUAUCCUCAACUUUUUUGAUAAUUUAAAUUAUUAAAUAUUAAUAAAAUAUG